AUAAAACAAGCCAAAAAAAAAAUAUGAUUGCAGAAAAAAGAAACUCUCUUUUGCUUCAUUCUUUUUCCUUUGUUUUUCUCCUUUUAAUGUUGUUUUUGUGUUAGCAUUUCCUCAUAUUUCUCUUCUAUCUUCCCUCUUCUUUUGCCAUCUAUUUUCAUUUAUUUUUUUCCUCACUUUUUUGAAAUUCCAUAAUCAGCUGACACAUUUAUAAAUCUCUCUCUCUCCUUUUUUUUUUGUUUUUUUUGUUUUGUUUUCAUUUCUGUUAAACAAAAAUCUAGAAAAAUAAGUGGAUCUUGAACCGACCCAUCAGCAGGGUUUCAAAAAAAAAAAAAAAAGUUUCUUUUUUGCCCCUUUAACCCCAUUUGUUUGAAGUUGGACAUGUUGGGAUUCACAUUUUAGCUUGUGGGUGUAGGAUUUUUGGUGAAGAAUUUGAGGUUUAUAUUUGUAUGAUCCAUAUUUAGGGUUUGGAUUUGAGGUUAUUUUGGUAUAUUGGGUUUGGGUUUAAGACAUUUUUUGUUUUUGUUUUUGUGGGUUCAAUUAGAUUGAAUCCUAUUUUAGAGUUUUUCUGAGUUUUGAAGGAACUGUUUGGUGGUCCACUUUAGUUCAAGAGAGUCCUUGGGCAACUUCACCAGCUUUCUUCAUUUUCAGGAUAUGAGUAUGACAAGUGAAAGCGAUGACAGGAUGACAUCACAAGUUGGUGUGGAUUCGCCAUCUGUCGAUGAAGCUUGUGGUGGAGGAAACACCGGAGGAGGCCUACCACUUAAAAAAGGCCCCUGGACUUCUGCAGAAGAUGCAAUUUUAGUGGAUUACGUCACGAAACAUGGUGAGGGGAACUGGAAUGCUGUUCAAAAGCACUCAGGACUUGCUCGGUGUGGUAAAAGUUGCCGUUUGCGGUGGGCCAAUCACCUGAGACCAGAUUUAAAGAAAGGUGCAUUCACUCCCGAGGAAGAGCGGCGCAUAAUUGAACUGCAUGCUAAAAUGGGAAACAAAUGGGCACGAAUGGCUGCUGAGUUGCCUGGGCGCACAGAUAAUGAGAUAAAGAACUACUGGAAUACCAGAAUAAAGAGACGACAGCGUGCAGGCUUGCCAAUUUACCCACCAGAUAUUUGUUUUCAGGCGAUUAGCGAAAACAAUCAAAAUGAGGAGUUGGGUACAUUCUCCUCUGCAGAUUCACAAUAUCCUGAUUUCUUACCGAUGAACAAUUUUGAGAUCCCCGCUGUCGAAUUCAAAAAGUUGGAAUUCAAUCAGCAGUUGUGUCCACCAGCACUUCUUGUUGAUAUUCCCACUUUUGAUAUUCCUGCAAGAAGCCUGUUGGCACAGGGUCUUAAUUCUGCCUACUACAGUCGGUCAUUCCUCUCAACGAUGCAUCCAGCCAAGCGUAUACGAGGCUCAGAAUCUCUGUUCUCUGGUUUAAAUGGCGAUUGUUCUCCGUCAAAAAAUGAUGAUUCUUUUCCGACCUGCCAUCAAUAUCAGGAUGAUGGUUCUUUGCUUGCUCAGUCCUUGGGAUUUUCUUCUUCAUAUGAUCAUCACCCCUCAUCAUUGGGUGUAAUUCCUGGCAGCCAUGCCCCUAUAAAUGGCAACACCUCUUCUUCAGAGCCCUCAUGGGCAAAGAAGCUCGAGCUCCCUUCACUCCAAAGUCAGAUGGCAAGUUGGGGCUUACCUUCUUCCCCUCUUCCUUCACUUGAGUCCGUCGACACCUUGAUUCAGUCCCCUCCAACUGAAUCACCUAGAAACAGCGGUCUGUUGGACGCUGUACUUUAUGAAUCACAAACUAUGAGAGCUUCGAAGAGUAUCUUGCACCACGAGAAUUCUGGUGAUGUGGUUGAUAAUGAUCUCCACGAGACAGGAUGGGAGGAAACAUAUGGUGAUCCAAUCUCUCCUUUAGGUCAUUCUGCUACAUCAGUGUUUAGUGAAUACACCCCUACUAGUGGAAGCUCAUCCGAGGAGCCCCAGUUACUGACAAUGCCAGCUUGCAAGGUUAAGCAGGAGAAGUUUGAUUUCGGACCCUAUGAUGGGAAGGGCGAUGCAUCAAACCCGAUCUUUUCCAGGCCUGAUUACUUGCUUGAAUCCAAUUGUUUUGGUCAUAUGCAAAAUGCUGUAAGAACCAUCUGGCACUGAAAGAUGCAUUUGGCUCCGAUUUUUUGAUGAUUACACUUGGUUAGCCGCACCAUCAGGUCAAGGCUGCUGUGGACAUGGUUCUAGUGCAUGGGAUGCCAUGUCCACCAUCCAGUCAAUAAGCUCAACAAGAUUAUGGUUACUUUGAAUGCCUUGCAAACAUUUUUGCGAUGCAAACUUUGGUUAUUAAACGACUAUAGAAGACAAUGUAAUAUUUUUCAUGUUAGAUUGUGUUGAGUUGUGAGUGUCUUUUAGAUAUUGAAACAAGAAACACUGCUUGUAUGCGGGCAUUGAAUUGCCUGCCUUUCAAAUUCCACUGUUUGAACGCAAAUGCAACACAUUUCCUUUGUGCUGGGACCAAGUGACAUUAAUUAGAGUUGAAGUAUUGCUCCCUUUUUCUCCA